AUGAGUCUGAAAAGACCUGGAGAUACAUGUUGGAGCUCUCAUUAUGGUGCACUUGUUAAUCUUAUUCACAUGUUUUCUUCUGUAAUUGAUGUGAUUGAAACUAUUAUAGAAGAUGGUUUAGAUUCUGAUCAGAGAGCAGAAGCAAAUACCUUAAUUGGUUUACUUCAAACAUUUGAAUUCAUGUUUGAUUUACAUUUGAUGAAAGGUGUGCUUGGCAUAAGUAAUGAGUUGUCACAUGCAUUACAACGAAAAGAUCAAGAUAUUGUGUAUGCUAUGAAGUUGGUUGACAUUUCAAAGCAACGUUUACAGGUCAUGAGAGAUGAUGGGUGGAACUCUUUGCUAGAGGAGGAACUUAAUAGUCGUUUUAAAAAUUCUGAAUUAUUACUCUGUGUUGCGUGUUUGAACCCAGAUAACUUAUUUUCAACAUUCAACAAGGAGAAAUUGAUUUGGCUUGCUCCGUUUUAUCCAAGUGAUUUUUCAACAGUUCAAGUUUCUUUCUUGGAUAACAAUCUUGAGACAUACAUCCAUGACAUGUGGUCCAUUGAAGAGUUUUCAGCACUUAAAGGAAUUGGAUAG